UCCUCUCUUCCCUCCUUCUCUGAAUGAAUUGCCUUGCAGGAGGGACUGAAAAUACGGCUUCUUCCUGAAUCCACUGGCAGAGUCACUAAGAGAGCUCAAGACACAACACUGCAGAGUAAUGCCUGGGAAUGUCCUCGCACUUUAUAAACAGUUGUCCUAGGGAGGGAAUAUUUUUACAUGACAUUUGCGCAGCUUGACAAUGACCAGCUGAGCCUGGGCAUCUCCGAGCAGCUCUGCAUUUCCCAUAGAGAUACCCCACAAACUGACCAAAGGGAGCAAUCCAUCUACUCUGGGAAAGCAGAAGUGCAACUUGGAUCCUUAAAAAACAAACAAACAGGAGCAGUUAAGAGCACAAGAAUUUGAUCUUGGCCAGGAUGGCAUCUGCCCAGGACCUUUUCAUCCUGGCACUGUGUGGCUUCUUACUAGACUUCCCGGCUGGAUGUCACGCAACAGAUACGAGGCAGCCAAGGCUGCGGCUGUCACAUAAAGAGCUCUGGGAUUUAAAUAGGACGUCAGUCUUUCACAGCCCAUUUGGAUAUCUGGGUCUUCACAUCAUGCUGCUGGAUGAGUAUCAAGAGCGACUAUUUGUGGGAGGAAGAGACCUCUUGUAUUCCCUCAGCUUGGAUAGAGUCAGUGACAACUACAGAGAGAUUCAUUGGCCUAGUACACCUCUGCAGGCAGAAGAAUGUAUAAUCAAGGGAAGAGAUGCUGAUGAAUGUGCAAAUUACAUCCGUGUCCUUCAUCGAUACAACAGAACACAUCUUCUGGCUUGUGGAACAGGAGCUUUUGAUCCACUCUGUACAUUUAUUAGAGCUGGACAUUCAUCAGAGGAUCAUCUGUUUCAACUGGAAUCGCACAAAUUUGAGAGAGGACGAGGCAGGUGCCCUUUUGACCCCAGUUCUUCCUUCACCUCCAUCUUAAUUGGUGGUGAACUUUUUACUGGACUGUACAGUGACUACUGGGGAAGAGAUGCUGCUCUAUUUCAUACUAUGAAUCGUAUGUCACAUAUUCGAACUGAACCGGAUAAUGAACGUCUUUUGAAAGAACCAAAAUUUGUUGGCUCAUACAUGAUUCCUGACAAUGAGGACCACGAUGAUAACAAAGUAUAUUUCUUCUUCACUGAAAAAGCAUUAGAGGCAGAGACGAGCACUCAUGCCAUCUAUACCAGAGUAGGACGUGUGUGUGCGAAUGAUAUGGGAGGACAACGGAUGCUGGUGAAUAAGUGGAGCACUUUCCUCAAAACCAGGCUAGUCUGCUCUGUGCCAGGGAGAAAUGGAAUUGAUACACAUUUUGAUGAAUUAGAGGAUGUGUUUUUGCUACAAACUCGGGAUAACAAAAACCCAGUGAUAUUUGGACUCUUCAACACUACAAGCAAUAUAUUUAGAGGAUAUGCUAUAUGUGUCUACCAUAUGGCAAGUGUUCGAGCAGCUUUCAAUGGACCAUAUGCUCAUAAAGAAGGACCAGAAUACCAUUGGGCUUUAUAUGAAGGAAAAGUACCUUAUCCUAGACCUGGUUCAUGUGCCAGCAAAGUAAAUGGUGGUCUGUACACUACCACCAAAGACUAUCCUGACGAAGCUGUCCAUUUUGCAAGGAGUCAUCCACUGAUGUAUCAGCCUAUCAAGCCUGUUCAUAAGAGACCAAUACUAGUUAAAACAGAUGGAAAGUACAAUCUUAAGCAAAUAGCAGUGGACAGAGUGGAAGCUGAAGAUGGGCAAUAUGAUGUCUUGUUUAUUGGUACAGAUAAUGGAGUUGUGCUGAAAGUCAUUACAAUUUACAAUCAAGAGACAGAAUCAAUGGAAGAAGUGAUUCUUGAAGAGCUUCAAGUAUUCAAGGAGCCAGUUCCCAUUAUUUCUAUGGAAAUCUCUUCAAAAAGGCAACAGCUCUAUGUUGGGUCUGAGUCAGUCAUAGCACAAGUCAAGUUCCAUCAGUGUGACCUGUACGGUACAGCCUGUGCCGACUGCUGUCUUGCUCGAGAUCCUUAUUGUGCUUGGGAUGGCAUAUCUUGUUCCCGAUAUUAUCCUACAGGAAUUCAGGCAAAGAGACGUUUCCGCAGACAAGAUGUUCGACAUGGAAAUGCAGCACAGCAGUGCUUUGGCCAGCAGUUCAUUGGUGAAGUCAUGGAGAAGACCGAGGAGCGACUGGUUUAUGGGAUCGAAUCCAACAGCACUCUCCUGGAAUGUACCCCAAGAACUUUGCAAGCAAAAGUAAUCUGGUUUGUCCAGCGAGCACAUGACACUAAAAAGGAAGAGGUGAAGACAGAUGAUAGAAUAAUCAAAAUGGACCUUGGCCUCUUAUUUCUGAAGCUGCACCGACUGGAUGAAGGGACCUAUUUUUGUCAGACAGUGGAACACAGCAUUGUUCACACUGUCAGGAAAAUCACCCUGGAAAUAGUCGAGGAAGAACGUGUAGAUGAAAUGUUCAAUAAAGACUACGAGGAGGAGAUGCCUCACAAAAUGCCAUGCCCAAUCCAGAGCAGUAUACCUCAGACAUCAAAGCCAUGGUACAAGGAGUUUCUUCAACUAAUUGGUUACAGCAACUUCCAGAGAGUUGAAGAAUAUUGUGAAAAAGUGUGGUGUACGGAUAAGAAGAGAAAAAAGCUGAAAAUGUCUCCUUCCAAGUGGAAAUAUGCCAACCCACAGGAGAAGAAGGCAAGGCUCAGGCCAGAGCAUUAUCGAUUGCCAAGGAAUAUAGCUGACUCUUGAUAGACAAAAUCCAUCUAUUAUUACUGUGAGCAUUUUUAUUUGGACUUAAGAAAGAGGGGUUAAACAGUCUUGGUUUUGGUAAAUGACACAGGUUUAUAUAUAUAACAUAUUGGGACUAAAAACAGAAAUGUUAUGGUAAGUUAUACUGUACAUUCUCAAUGACUGUUUAGAAAGAAGCAUUUUAAACAGAAUCCUUCUAGUUCUAAAUAGGUCAGCACAGUCAGAGUUUCACAUUAAGGACGUGACAAUCUUCAGACUUUGAGUGCUUUAAUUAAUCUCCUAUGUGGACCAUACCUCUGCUGUAUAUUGUUGCAUCUAAUGCUAUAUUUAAGCACGUUCAAAUAGCUAACUGUUCAUGAACAGAUGAAAAAUAUAAUGUAUAUCUUUUCUUGGUUUCACAAAUUUCUCAUGUUUGUGAAGGCAGCACAUCCUAAUAUCUCUCCUUUUGAUUGUGACCUGUCUGAAUUUAUCACUGAUAAUAAUGACAUGUGUUAAUAUGGUGUACUGCUCUUUCUAAAGAUAAUGAAGGGAAAUUCCCUUCCCACAUUUAUUUGUCUUACCAGACAUUUAUGAAGCACAGUGUACUGUCAACUGUCAUGGCUAAUAAUAUUGCCUAAAAACUUAUGUAAGCUAAAUGCAUGCUGACAACACAAACAAUGCAAUUUGUCAACAUAUCUGUAUAAAAAGUUGGAAUAAUGUUUUAGAUAGCAAACAUGACUAUUGUAACGAACAUUGCCUUAGCAAGGACAUGAUUUAAGCGAGCGCCCUCUCGUGGCAAAACAAAGCAUUUCUAAAACUGCCAUUUAUUUUCUCAAGAAAUGUGUGGAGUUAAGGGUUACCCAGAGCCACAAGGGGGGGUUGCUUUCAACACACACUUGUAACCAUGCACUAAAUUCACGGUCUUGGAAGGCAGCGUUUGGAGUCACUUAAGGUGGUAAGACAGCAUAUGAAGUAGAGCUUUCUGUUGUUAAUAGGCUUUGAGGGUAAAAUGCAGCCAUAAAAGGUUCUAACGUAGAUUAAGAACAUCAUUCUGUUUAAAAUGCAUCUGUGUUUUCGACUGUUUCACAGUCUAAUACAGGAAAAUCUUUUCCUGAUACGUGAUAUCUGGUCAGAAGAGCAGCUUUGUUGCUCUUGUGMCUGAUCACAGAAAAGGAGAUCAAAGAGCUACAAGUCACUUCAUAUCUACAUUUAUCAAGACUUAAAAAAAGAAAAUAAAUAAAUCUCAAUUUAUGUACAAGAAACCAGGUGUAUAAAACUCAGACAACCCAGCAUUUUACUACUAAAGAUACUUGGGAAACAUGAUAGCAUAAUAUGAAGUGGAAAUGAAAGACAAAAAAAGAAAAAAAGAAAAAAUAUGAGUUGCCUACUCAGUUAAGAUUGAAAGUAGAGUAAGUAUUCUAGUAUGUUUAUAAUUUACCAAACAUAUAUUCAGAGGAUUCACCACCCAUGAAGAGAAUUUCACGUCCAAACAGAAUUGGGAAUUAGUGGGAGUUUUAGUCCUCAGAAUAUACAGGAUACUAGCCUAGUGUUUUCAGUACACACAGGAUGUGUGCAAGAGGGUCUGACUGUGUUUCUGAGUUGCUUUCAGGAGCACUGACCUUUGCUGCCUUCCACAAGAGCCGAAAAUACUUUAGUGUUCAAAGUGCCAGCAACAGCACAGAAGAGAAAACGGAGCAUCACCUUGGAUCACUAUAACAGUAGAUAAACCUUUCAGACAUCCAGUUGUGUCAAGGAAACUCCACUUAUCUGAGGGCUUGUUGUUUUAUCUUGUGCUUCUCUUAACUAGAAUGACUGUCUGGGAGAUGGGGAUGGACGUUGUGAGUAGCCUUGCAUGAAUUCAUCCAGCUGGUAACCUCUGCCUGACACAGGACGCUGGAUAAAUUAAGUUUCCAGUGCCAGCUUAAAGGAAUGUAGUUGGAGUUAGGAUCCUGUCUUUAUUUAGUUAUAAGGCAAGGGCUAACACUGAAGGCUGUAGCAGGGAGAAGAAUCUCUGCAGAACCAGCAUUCCCAGUUGAUGAUACUUGACCCCAUAUAUCACUCACAUCACUGGUGCAAAACUGUUGAAACAUCAUUGAAAUUCUCUUCUGGUAAAGACUACUUCUUUUCAACAGGUAUAAAUUUUAAUUUUCUUCGUUCAUUUAUUAGUAUGUAGUGCCAAAUAUGUCACGGCUGGAAUAUUAGAAAGAAACAAAAGAUCCUCUCCCUGAAGAAACAAACAUAAUUUUGUUUCAUGCUCUGACAUUGCAGGUGGAAAUCAUGUGAUAUGCAAAUCAGGAUUCCUAAUUUAAUAUGAGAUCAUUUAUUUUUAGCUCCUUAUCCCUUCAGUGGUUACGUGUGGAGAACUGCAUUAAGUU